AUGUCCGUAUUUAUCUCAGGAGCCUCAGGCUACAUCGCACUUCACAUUGUGGACCAAUUGCUUUCUGCCGGCUACCCAGUCGUCGGAACCGUCCGUACUCAGAAACAAGCUGAUUCAAUCACGGCCGAAUUCGCGGCCAAGUAUCCAGAAGCUAAGCUUACAUUCGAACUUGUCUCAGAUAUCCGUGAUCCAAAUGCAUUUGAUUCAGCUAUCAAGGCCCACCCUGAAGUCGAGUUUGUGCUGCACACAGCCUCGCCCUUCGCAUACGGGCUUGGAGAAGACAUGGAGCAUAUCUACCUGACUCCAGCCGUCAACGGAACCGUUGGGAUCCUGAAAGCAAUUAAGGCUUAUGCGCCUCAAGUCCGUCACGUUGUGGUGACUUCAUCAUUUGCUGCAAUUCUGGAUGCUUCCAAGUUCACUGAUCCAACAUAUAUUCACACCGAAGAAUCGUGGAACCCAAUGGAAUGGGAAGAGGCCAAGAAGACUGAACACACGUCUUAUCGUUUGUCCAAAAAAACCGCAGAAAAAGCUGCACGUGACUUCGUCAAGAAUGAAAAACCAAACUUCACCAUCUCUACUGUGAACCCUCCGUUCGUCAUGGGGCCUCAGUUAUUUGAGAGCUCAGUGGCUGCUGCUUCUCUCAACACCUCGGCUGAAACUGUCAACCAGGUGCUGGCUUUGAAGCCCGAUGCCAAGGGACCUUUCACUGCCCCAAAUGGUCUUUCAAUUGAUGUUCGUGAUGUUGCUCGUCUUCAUGUUCUUCCGCUCGCUGACCCAUCCAAGUAUGCUGAUGCCAGACUCUUUCCUGUGACCGCUCCCUUCUGUGUCCAGUCAGUUCUCGAUGUGUUGCACGACAAGUUUCCAGGAAUUGAGUUGCCAGUCGGCGACCCCGAGGUUGGAAAGAAGUUUCUGCAGGAGAAUAUUCCAAAGUAUGACAUUUCCAAGACGUUGGAGAUCACGGGAGUUAGUUUGAUUCCAUUUGAAAAGAUGAUCUACGACUCAGCCAAGCAAAUCUUGGACUACAGAAAGCAAGCUAAAUAA